CUUCGGGACAGCGCCCCCCCCCCACGCCCCCAAUUUGCGCGCGCAGGCCGGGCGCGCCUCCGGGCGGGGCCGCGCCUUUUUCUACGCGGCGCCGGGGCUGCGCGGCCUCCUCAGCUGACGAGCGGGCCUCCCGGGUGCACCAUGGCUGAGUCCGUGCGGUCAACAUUUUGGCUGGGAAAUGAAACCUUGAGAGUCUCGGCAGCACUUUUUGCCUUGAAUAGAAUCCGCUUGUGUGAUCGGCUGACAGCAAACAAGGCCGUUCCCAAAAAUGCCAUUGUCGUCUUGCAAGGCGGAGAGCAGACCAACCGCUACUGUACCGAUACAGGCAUUGUUUUUCGCCAGGAAUCGUAUUUUCAUUGGACUUUUGGGGUAACGGAAGCCGACUGCUAUGGAGCCAUUGAGGUUGACAGUGGAAACAGCAUCCUCUUCAUCCCGAGGCUUCCAGAGAGCUAUGCCGUUUGGAUGGGAAAGAUCCACCCUCCUGAGUACUACAAGAAGAAAUAUAGCGUUAACGAUGUACACUAUACAGAUGAGAUUGCCACUGUCUUGGCUUUGAAAAACCCUUCCGUUCUUCUUACUCUGCGAGGAAUUAACACCGACAGUGGAAGCGUGACCAGGGAAGCGUCUUUUGACAAUAUCAGCCAGUUUACAGUAAACAAUACAAUUCUCCAUCCUGAGAUUGCAGAAUGCCGCGUCAUUAAGACGAACAUGGAAUUGGAAGUCCUCCGCUACACCAAUAAAAUUUCCAGUGAAGCUCAUAAAGAGGUAAUGAAGGCCGUAAAACCUGGCAUGAAAGAAUAUGAGUUGGAGAGCCUGUUCCAGCACUACUGCUACAAGCAAGGAGGAAUGCGGCACACUUCCUACACCUGCAUCUGCGGCAGUGGCGAUAACAGCUCAGUUUUGCACUACGGCCAUGCUGGAGCUCCAAAUGAUAAAACCAUUGAAGAGGGAGAUCUCUGCCUCUUUGACAUGGGAGGAGAGUAUUACUGCUACGGGUCAGACAUCACCUGCACCUUUCCUGCAAACGGAAAAUUCACUCCUGACCAGAAAGCCAUCUACGAGGCCGUGUAUAAAUCCUCGCGGGCCGUGUUCGGCAGCAUCAAGCCAGGGGUGGCCUGGCCUGAAAUGCACCGUCUGGCAGACCGAGUCCAUCUGGAAGAACUUACGAAAAUUGGCAUUCUCCGCGGCAAUGUUGAGGACAUGGUGAAGGUCCAUCUGGGUGCCGUAUUUAUGCCUCACGGGCUGGGACACUUUCUUGGAAUUGAUGUUCACGACGUAGGCGGCUACCCAGAGGGAGUCGAUCGCAUCGACUUGCCGGGUCUCCGGAGUUUGAGAACUGCCCGUACCCUUCUGGAAGGCAUGGUGCUGACUGUGGAGCCGGGCAUCUAUUUCAUCGACCAUGUCUUGGACCAGGCCUUGGCUAAUCCGGCACAGGCCUGUUUCAUCAACAAUGAAGUCCUGGCACGUUUCCGAAAUUUUGGUGGGGUACGGAUUGAGGACGACAUUGUGGUGACAGCCAGUGGAAUGGAACUGCUGACUUGUGUCCCUCGUACAGUUCAGGAAAUCGAAGCGUUCCUUUCCGAGGCUCAGGGCAGCAGCAAAUCCUUUGCUUCAGCUUCUAGCUAGGUGCCCACUCCUCACUUGCGGUUUGGGGCUCCUUGCAGCCUGCCCAGCACCUCAAGAAAAGCCUGCUUAUAAAGGAAAGAAGCCUUCCAAAUCAAACUCAUUUUUUUCCUAUGGGAAACGAUAUGGGGAAAAAGUGAGGGUACCAAUAACCAAAUCGGAUUAUGCUUGACUCGAUUCUCCCUCUUGCCUCUUUAUAAGUUUUGCCCAAGCGAUGGGCGUAGCUGCUGAUAAGCAAAUACAACGAUCAGUGCAACCGAAUCUUCUCUUCUUAAUAGCCAAUAAAGAGCACAAGUUCUGCCAAUGAAAUAAAAUGAAUAAAAAGUGUUGCUUUGAAGAUC